AUGUUGACGAAACCAUCCCAUCCAUGUUCUUCUCAGACCCGACAGGGGCGCUUGAGGUCGUCCUUCUUCAAGACCAACCGUCCUAUUAAAGACAGACUGUCUUACAGCUAUGAGAGGGAUGUGAUUGUGCAGUACAGCGUGGAGCCUGGGGAGUAUGUGGUCGUCCCUUCCACCAUCAAACCCUACAUGGCCACAGACUUCGUUCUCACCGUCUACACUAAGGCCGAGACCACAAUCAGUCACUAUGAUGGAGAUGAUGAUGAUCAUGAUCAUGAUCAUGAUGAUGAAGAGGAGACAUUAGUCCUUCCAGAAAUACCGACCGAGCCGGAGGAGGAGGACACCGACAAGGAUUCCGGCAGUGACUUAUUCAACCGCUACGCCAAUCAGAGUGGCGAGCUGACUCCCAUCCGGCUUCAGAGGCUUCUGAACGACAACUUCCCUCACGGCACCCGGUACGGCUUCGGGCUGGACACCUGCAGGAGUUUCAUUGCUACGGUUGAUUUUGACCAAAGGCUGAAGAUGACGAGCAAAGAGUUCUCCGUUUUCUGGAAGAAAAUGAAUGAAUACAAGGAUCUCUUCCGUCGCCAUGACGUGAAUCGAAAUGGAUCCCUGUCUGAGUCUGAGCUCGAGAAAGCUAUUGACGCUGCAGCAAUGAACAUGAGCAGCUCCAUGGUGAGGACGGUGAACUUUAGGUAUUCGAGCUCCUCAUCUACAUCCUUGGAAGACUUCAUCACCAUCAUGUUCCGCUUAGACAAGAUGUCAGGCAUUUUCAAGGAAAAAUCUUCUGAGGAUGGGAUGAUCAGUCUGAACUGGGACGAGUGGUUCAUGAACUCCAUGUACAACUAAACCAGCGCUGAGACGCCGGCCCCGGAGACUCGCUUCAGAAGAUCCUUGCUAUCAAAUGUGUUUUAUUGGGCUUUCGGGGGUUCCAACAGCUAGAACUCUUUUCUUCCUAACAUGGUCCCAAACAACCCGCCACUUCUUUUUAUUAUCCCAAAUAGAGCUGGCCUGGAGGCUAAAUGAUCUUUGCUAUUGGGUUUCUGCUUUAAGGAUACUAGAUUGUUUCUUUUAACCCUUCUUGAAAUCUUUUGACUUAAAUUUUAUUCAGUACUAUAAAAUAAAAUGUUGUCAGUCUAAGGAGUAAAAUCAUCGGGUCGGCUCAACAAACAUUACAAGAUCUUUAUAACAAACAGCUGAUCAAGAAGGCAAAGAAUUGCUCACAUCCCUUACAUCAACAGUUUCAGUUUCUACCAUCAGGUACACUGCUUAGACAGUGCAAAGAUGCAAAGACAAACCAAUAUAAACACUCCUUUGUUCCAUCUGCUAUUGUUCUUUUAAAUGCCGGAAGGAAAAGGUAGUGGGUGAAAAGGUAGUGGGAUGGAAAAGGUAGUGGGGGAAGCUUAGGUCUAUAUUAUUAUGUAUAUUUUAUGUAUAUUUACCCAUUGUGUGCUUCUCCUGUCGCGAAACUAAUCGCCCCCUUGGGGACAAAUAAAGUCAUUGAUUGAUUGAU